AUGACCGAAUACGACUAUAUCAUUGUCGGCGCAGGCAUCGGUGGCCUGGUGCUGGCCAACCGCCUGAGCGCAGACGCCUCUGUCAAUGUCCUUCUCAUCGAAGCCGGGGCCAAUCGCAUGGGCGAUCCUCGUAUCGACACCCCUGGGUUUCUGGGCAUGUUGUACGGAAACCCAGACUUCGACUGGGAUUAUAUGAGUGUCCCUCAGCCGCAUGUCAACAACCGACAAAUCGCGCAGCCCCGCGGCCGGGUCGUCGGCGGUUCCUCGGCCCUGAAUUUCUCGGUCGUCCUGUACCCUCCCGCAUCAGACUUCGAGGCAUGGAAGGCGUUGGGAAACCAAGGCUGGGGCGCAGAGGAUAUGGCGCCGUACCUGCGGAAGUUUCACACGUUCUCCCCGCCCAGCAAGUCCACGGCCGACCUUCUCGGCGUCGAUAGCUACAUGAAAGCCAGCAGCCAGGGGUGUGACGGCCCUGUGCCUGUUUCCCUGCCGGACGUAUAUGGGCCGUUCAACGAAGCGUGGGAUAAGACGUUUGAGAAGCUUGGUUGGCGGACGGACGCGGAUCCCAUCGCCGGACGCAAACUGGGUGCGUUCACCCCGCCGCUGACCGUUGACGCAAAGACAGGGAAGCGGGGGUAUGCAGCGGCCUACUACUCCCCCGAGGUGGCCGCACGGCCAAACCUGCGCCUGCUGGCAGAGACCAUGGUCGAGCGGGUGCUGUUGACCAGGCAGGAUGGAGACGUGCUGGCCACCGGCGUGCUGGUCAAGGACAAGGAUGGCGCGAGAGAGAUUCACGCAAAGAAAGAAGUCAUUAUCUGCGCCGGCAGCCUGAAUACGCCUCAGAUCCUGGAACUCUCCGGCAUUGGAAAUGCAGGGCUGCUACAGAAGCACGACAUCCCCGUGGUGAUCGACAACCCCGGCGUUGGCGAGAACCUCCAAGAUCACUGCAUCAGCUGCAUCAGCUUCGAGAUCGCCGACGGUCAAGUCUCGGGCGACAUUCUCCGUGACCCCAACGUGGUACAGGCCCUCGUCAAGCUGUACGAGGAGACUCGCGGCGGCCCGCUGGCAGGCAUGCCCAUCAGCGUGGCGUACCUUCCUUUCGUUGACGGACGAGGCGUCGUCCCGCGGCCAGAAGUCGAGGAGCUGCUGGCCAAGUAUCUCGACAGCGCCGCCCUUCCACCCAAUCUGCAGGCGCAGUACGCGCACCUCAGGAAAGCGAUCCUCGACAACGAUACCCCGUCGUCAGAGUACCUCUUCCUCCCCGCGCAGCUACACAUGAAACCCGGUGCGACAAGCUUGCCCGACGUCCUGGCCAAGCCCCUGCCGGAGAACUACAUCAGCAUCAUGAUCCUGCACAACCACCCUUUCUCACGAGGAUCGGUGCAUAUCUCCUCCCCCAAGGCGGAGGACAAACCGAUCUACGAUCCGAACUUUCUCUCCCACCCGCUGGACUUGGAGAUACUCGCUCGGCACACGCAAUUCCUUGAGACAAUCGCCGCCACGGAGCCGUUCAAGUCUCUUCUCAAGGAACGGCGGAUCCCGGAAAACGCGAGGGACUUGGGCGAUCUGGAGCGAGCCAAGGAGCUGGUCAAGGACCGGCUGUUUACGUGCUUUCACCCUGCGGGGACGUGUGCCAUGUUGCCGCGGGAGAUGGGGGGUGUGGUGGAUGACCAGCUGAGAGUGUAUGGGACACGCAAUCUGAGGGUGGUUGAUGCCAGUGUCUUUCCGCUGGAGCCGGCGGGGAAUAUCCAGGCGACGGUGUAUGCGGUGGCGGAGCGCGCAGCUGAUUUGAUCAUCGGCAGUAAUUAG